GACUUUCACACCUAUUUACUUUUUCUUUAAAAGAGAUGCCAAAAAGAGAAACUCGCCAGUCCGUGAAAAAGACUGAAGCACCUGCUGGACGCAGCACGACUUUUGACAAGAAAAAGACUGACACACCCGAGGUAGACGGCACAACCUUGGACAUGAGUGACUUUAAGAUGGCUGGUGAGGUAUUUAAGCACAUUGUAAAUGAUUGUUCAGCUUCAAGGCUGAAGUUUCAAGACCUGUGUAUAAUUUCUCAAACACUUGUCAGCCAUAGCAGUCACAGAGCCGGAUUGAUUUUAAUGAAGCAUUAUGUAAAGUCUGGUGUAGCUUCCGUGGUCAGUACAUGUGUAAGAGAUAUAUUAACUGGGUCUUGUUUAGCAUGCCGUUUGGGUGAUGAAUCUCAGGAUGGGCACACUUGUCUUUUACUAGAAUCUGAUCCUGAGGAAAUGCACCCUUGUGUUUCCAGCAUCUGUCAACAGAUCAGUAUUAAAAGAUUAAUACACUUGGUGUUUUAUAUGGUUAAACCCUUGUGUGGAUUAAGAAUUGUGAAACUGACUAAAAUUCAUAUUCUUAACUGUCUGAAGCAGUUUGUUGAUGAAGUAAACACUUUUCAGCUUAUACAAAAGAUGCACUGUGCAACAAAGCCCAAGAUUCGGACAGCAGCUUUUGAACUUGUCUUUAAUCACCAUUACAGUUAUUUUUUAAAACCAACAUUGAUUUACAGAAACCUAAACAAGAUGCGUUUUCCAUGCUAAACAAGACCUGUUUGUGUUAUAUUUUCUGUUGGCUAACUGUUGUAUUUUGUUGUGUUUCUGUUGUCAGAGGAACCAAGGACUCAGCUGCUAGAACAAGGAAAACCAGGUCCCAGCCCAUCGUGACACGUAAUACAACCUAUAGAAGUUUUUAUCCUUAUAUUAUAUCUGCUAGAAAAAGAUUCAUAAUGACAAUAAUUGGUCGCUCAGUCAUCUGGGCUUAUGUGUUUAGCUCUGUCGAACAUUUAGGGGAAAAAUUUGCUGAAUGUCAAGAGAACAAAUGCAUACCUGAUGGAUACAUUUGUAAUGUUUGGUUUGCUAAACCAUUUGUUGCAUAUAAACAUAGCUUAUUUAUGCUCCAAAGGGCUAGAAAGGACAGACUUGUGUCCUGUAUGUGUGCUUUGUUAAAAAUGUAUAAUCUCCCUUGUUUUCGUAAAGCUAUCAAGAAUGAUGUGGAUGAUAUUAUAGCUGAAUUUGAGCAGGGAGAGAUACCCAUUGAUGCUUACGCACAACUGAUUCAGCCUGUGAAGACCAGUUUUAUGUGGUUGGCUCUGUUCCAAACAGAGAAAAUAGGCCUGCGUAAUUUAGUGAAAUACAAAUAUAUAAAACAUGUGCUGGCUUAAACAUUUUAUUUUAGGUGUAUUACCGGCUCACUGAUGGGUUUGGACCUGGUUUGCAAUUUGAUUUGUGUUCUCAUACAUGUAUACAUUUCUUGUGUUUUUGUUUCUUUCCAAAUGAAUUGCUAAUCUGUAUACAAAUAAGCUUGUGUGAAUAUUGUACUGCUUUUAUUCAUA